AUGGCACAAUUGUUGCGCUUAGUGUCACAUCCGGUGACCACCCGGUCGUUGCUCAAGAGCUGCAAUGUAUUGCCCGCAGUGUUGGGCAACACUUCGUACGAAAGUCGGCGCCAGUUCUUCGGCAAACUUCGACGAGUGGACGGAACAGAUGUGAAGGAGUCUGAGAUCCGGUUGCCGGACGAGAUAGAGCACGCGACCGGACUCGAGAAGCUGCUCCUUCUCGCCGAAGAGAAGGGCAUUGACGACCCCUUUUGCUCCAAACCAAGACAUCGCGGACCCGGAACUAAAGAGCAGCCAAACCUCGUGCCGUCGUUUGAAGACAAGCGUCUGAUCGGCUGUCUGUGCGAAGAAGACGCCACUCAUCUGAACUACAUGUGGGUCCAUAUGAGUGAACCGAAGCGUUGCGAAUGUGGCUAUUAUUUCAAAGCGGUCGCCGCC